UGAAGCUUCGAAUGGCCGUUACUAUGUACCCAAUCCUUUUUAGUGUUCGGGCUCAAUGAGCCAGAUUGCCACGUUGUCGACUGCAUUGUUGCGUUUGGGGUUAUAGCUAAUAUAUAGUGUUUUCAUGAAAUGUUUAGCUUAACAGAGGGGUUAUCAAGUAAAUGUUCCCAUUCAAACCUCUCCAAAAGAUGAACAAUACACCAGCACGUUUACCAUGUGACCAUAUAGUCUAUCAGCUGAUUCCUGGGUUUUUUUUUUCACACGGAAGGCGGAACUAGAGGAAGAUAUGAACCAUAUACUGGCCAAGUUAUCUCCAGGAGAAUGCCCAAAACUGUUACACAGGGUGGUGGACGGUGUGUGUGGGCGGGAGCCCCCUCGGUUUGCAGACUACAGUGACACAUGGAGCCUUGUGGAGUGGAUGGAGCUCCUUGACUCCAUCUCCUCUCUGUUUCGGGUUGCAGUGGGUAAGAAUAUGCCAGACAAAGAGGUGCUGGCAGUGUUGGCAGACGUGGGCAGUGGGUGCGGGGAGACUGUGCUGACUGUCCUGAGGGCCAGACGGGAGGAAAUCCGUCAGGCGCUGGUGGAGAGGACAAAUAAUGUGUCCAGUUCCACCCUCCAGGAUUUUGACUGGCAGAUAAAGCUGGCAUUGUCUAGCGAUAAGAUCUCGUGUCUCCAGACCCCUCUAAUCAACCUCAGUUUGGAUGUGAAGGAGAACGGAGCCCUGAAGGCUGUAUCUUUCGAGAUGAACAGAGAGGAAUUACAAACACUCAUCAGCUCAUUGGAAGCUGCCAAUAAGGUGGAUAAUAGCUGGGGAUUUCUGGCAGUGUUUUUGGGUCUCAUUCACCUAAUGGUGGUACUACAGCUGAAGUGAUGGCAGCAAGACAUUCCACUGUGCCCUUUCAUCUUUAGCUCCUAUUUAGUAAACAAUAUAGUUGAGAUAUGAUUUAGGUUAUUUUUGGAAACAAUGGUCUACUCCAGAAACACAUCUUAGCCUUUUACCACUACACACUGAUUCCUUACACAUCCCCUUGAAUAGGUCCUCAAUUUUACACCCUUAAAUUGAAAUGCAUCAAAUUUGUGUAAGCAUGGGAUAGUGGGUGUUGCACCAUAUUCCUUUAAUUCAGUUUCUGUGAAAUCUAAGAGGGGUAGUGCACAUUUGAGGGAGAAGGUUGGGUAGUCAUACUACGGUCUGACAGAUUUCUAAGACAGCAGCCAGAAAUUGAACUGUGUUUUUUGUUACAUUUGUAUCCAUUCCAUGUAUAAUAAAUAUUUACAUUUGACAGUUAUUUGACCGUUUCUGCAAUGGAAUGAAUUUCUGAGCUGUAGGCUCUCAAAUAUUCAUAGGUGUUCUAUAUCUGUGGUCCCAAAGUCAGAAAUGGCUACAGCUUUUUGUCCAUCCUGAUCACUGUUAAUUUGCGAGGUUUAAAUAUUGGCAAGAUUAUCGCUAAUGACAAUGUUAAUUGUGUUAAUGUUAGACAGAAAGUGACAAUUUAUCUUCAAGAAGGGGUCUGACUUCGUCUGAAAUACAGUACCAGUCAGAAGUACCCAUUCUGGGUAAGUGUUUUACAUUCCACUGGUACUGUAUUUCAGACGAAGUCAGACCCCUUCUUGAAGAUAAAUUGUCACUUUCUGUCUUGAAUAUUUAACAUAGAGGCAUUACUAAUUGGGUUUAUAGUUGCCUCCAAAAUGAUUGGCACCCUUGAAAAAUAUGCUCUAGAAAAUAAAACAACACACUUAAUGAGUCACUGUCCUUUAUAAGUAUUGAGACAGCAAAGUUAAAAUGUCUGUUUUUGAUGUCAACUUAUGGUAUAUGAAAAUAUGAUUAAGAGAUGAAUCUGAGGCAAAAGUACAGAAUGUCAAUCUUUUAUUUCUCUGUUUUAACACAUUUUAUGAACUAAAUUACAACACUGUUUCAUCCCCCGAUUUUAUGUGAGCGUAAGUAUUGGGUGUUUCUAAUUGAUCUGGUAUUUCAUGUUGCUUAGAUCGUUCAAACAUAAAAGAGCUGUGAAUGUGAAGUGCAUUCUUUGCUUUUGCCUUUGGAGUCUGCGUUUGGUGUCAGUCGGCCUAAUCCAACAUGAAGACUACAGAGCUUUCUAUGAAAAACAACCCUAAAAUAAGUGUCAGUGAAAAACAGCCUCCAGAAUUUGUAAAAGACCUCGACAGCAAAAUUACAAGUACUACGCUGUAAGCCUCUGAUCAGCAUCACAAUCAGAAAAAAAUGUAUUACAAUUUAUUGAAAAGUACAGAGAUCAGGCAAUACAGAUUUGGAACAGAGUUUUAUGAACAGAUGAGACAAAGGUGAAUCUUAAAGUGAUGGGAAAACAAAAGUGCUGUUCUUGUGGAUUUGUGAUUACAUGCUUUUAUACUUCAUACAUUUGCUUUAAGUUAAAUUGUCCCAAUACUUACAAAAAAUGGAGGGAUGGACCUCUGAAUGUGCUGUUAUUUUUAGUUGGUAUAACAUAUAUGUUGAAACAGACAGAAAUAAAAGAUAACAGUCUAUA